AUGCUUCUAUUUAGAAGCAAUAAGAUAUUUAAGUUAUUUCUAGUAUUCGCAUUUUUGAGUUGUUCCUUGGCGCAACACUAUGAAGGAGAAUACGACGAUGACGAUCAUUCAUCCUACGAGUCAGAAUCUGAUGAACCAGACUAUUCUAAAUACUACGCAGGAGAUGGUGGCGGAUCAGCGGCUGCUUUGAUAGAUGUAAAAAAUAAUAACGGAUUUGUUAAUCCGGCAGAAUUCUCUUCCUUCUUUAGCGCUCCAUUCUAUGCCGCUUCUAAUAAUCAGGAAAUAACUAAAGACACAAACAAUGGUCAGAAUGGUUUUGUAAAUUCUCAAGAUUUCCAAGCUGGCUUUGCUGAUUUUAAAGCGUUGCCGUUUGGCGGCAAAGAUUUCUUUGAACAAGCUGCGCAGAAACAGAUUGAGAAAACAAAUAAACCCGAAACAAAUGACUAUUACGAAUUGAAACCUGGCCCGAGCUAUGUCUCGCACAAAAUUGUCCCACCAGCCCCGAAAAAAUCGAAAUACGCGUCGGAACUUGAAGAUCUAAACAAGCCAUAUAAUCAUAAAAAUAUAGAAAACCAAGAUGACAAAGUGAUCCCUCUAUAUUCCGGCGCUAAACAAAAGAUUGUCGAUCCGAAGUAUGUGCCUCAGUACACUCCCAAAAACCAGAAUAAUUUAACUCCGUACCAAAAGUACAGCUUCCAAACGCAGCCUGCCACCCUCUCAACUUUUGCAUCAGCUUCCACAGGAAAGCUGACCACGACGCCCACCUAUGCAAAUUAUGACUAUUUGUAUACCCCCAGUACCAAUAACGAAUACAAAUUAGCGUACGAUGCGGCCGCGACUAACCUUAAUUCAAAAUUACAGGACUUCAAUAACUUCAAACCGUCUCAGCUCAUCAAAGAAUGCAAGAAGAUUAACAAGCAUGUACCUGGCACCAAGAAAAACUCAAAACCCAUGGACUGCUACGUCUGUAAAGACGCCAAAGGUAUAAGCUAUGAAGAAUGUUUCUAUGGGCAAGCAUCUGAAUCCAAUCCGAAAAACUAUUACAUCGAGACAUCAAAAGAAUACAGUGAGCCAACCCAGGUGCAAAGCUACAAUUUUAACCGUUAUAAGCGUUACACCGUCAGUGAUAACAGCAAAGACGAUCCCUACGAGUAUCUGAAGAAACAGUCAGAGAAAUAUUAUCACAGCCCCGAUUUUGAUUCAAGCUACAAACAUCCAAAAAGUUUCGAAGAAGACUACAGAUAUGGUGGGGGUGAUGGCGAGGAAAAGAGUUCUUCGGAGCAGAUCGCUGAUCAACUUGUCAAAUCGGGUGAUAAUUGUAGGAAAGUUAACAAGGAUGGUAUGACAUGUACGAUUUGUGAAAACAAGAAAACGGGCGGUAAUUACGAGCAAUGCUCUUAUUCCUCGGCUCCUGAAGAGAAAAAAUAUGCGUAUUCUAAGCAGCGUAAGUACAAUCGUGAAGAUGAACCUACAGAAGAAACAGACAGUACUGAGGAACAACCUGUUAGUAAUAAGAAACCGCAACAGUUUUACAAACCUAAAAGUGAAAGUCCACGAAAACAAAAAUCGCCACAAAAAUAUCGUGGAGUUAGACCGAAUGCUGAUAGUUAUGAAAACACUGAUGAGGUUGAAAGAAUCAAACCAGUUAACACCAACCGCCAAGUCUCUGAAUAUACAGUACCUAAACAUUUUGCCAAUAUUAAUGUAUCACCUGAAAGCGCUGAAAGUGAAGAAGACCAGCCAGAAAAUGAAGAAUAUUAUUAUAUAAUACCUUCACAAACAUCUGAAUCAAAACGUGAUGAGCAAAAACAAGAUGUUGAUCAUGAAUCUGCCGAAGAAGAAGAUGCCGAACCUGAAACGCACUAUGGGUACUACGGUGAAGAAAGCAAGAAAGACGUGGAAGAAGUACUAGCUGAGUUUGCUAAGAAAGAUCGCUCCAAAUGUAAAAAAGCCGAAAAGAAUGGCAUGACUUGUUAUUUGUGCAUAGACAAAAAAGGUUUGCAACAUGAAGAAUGCAUGUACGUGUCAGAGUCGCGACCACAAUCUAAAUAUCAAGCGUAUCAUGCACAGAAAGAAACUGACGGACGCGAAGGUGCCGAACCAAAAACUCGCAGAAACGAGGAAAACGCAGAAGAAAGUAAAGUGAAAUCAGUGCGAACCAGUCGGUCGGAACCGCGAUUAGUUGAUAUAAAAUAUCCUGCAUUUGGCGAGAGUACUACCGAAAGUCUAGAACCACAAAGACGGAGGCGGCCAAAAAAAGCUGUCGAUGCUAAUCAGAAGCAAAAAGAUAAAACCAAAUCGAGAAUAUCGAGGAGAAAUUACAGCGAGAGAUUGGAUGACACUCCUGUAGAUGAGAGCAAGGAUGAGUAUAGAGUGGAAGGAGAGAAAGGAGCAUUCAGUCAUGAGACUGAGCCUGUUUUCAGUAAGAAGUAUGGCGUUACUUUACCGAAGUUUAUGUUGACUAGGUCGGAGGGCGAGAAGGUUUACGAUGAAUUUGUGCAAUCAAAAUCUUAA